AUGACACCACCCGACAUCUAUCUAUCUAUCUAUCUAUCUAUCUAUCUAUCUAUCUAUCUAUCUAUCUAUCUAUCACCCUCCUCUCUCAAUCUCUCUCUCUCUCAAUCUCUCUCUCUCCCUCUCUCUCUCUCUCUAUAUAUAUAUAUAUAUAUAUAUACAGGUCUUGUAUCUCUUUUUUGCAUUUCUUUUCUAAACCAUCUUCGUUUCUUCAUGUCUUCCUACAUUUUACCUCUUUUAUGUUUUUUCCUCCAUAUGUACUUUUGUUUGUCUUCUUCUUCUUCUUCCCUUAAUUCUCAUCGGCCGCCCUGUUUUCUCUCUUUCUUUCUUGUAUUCUCUAUCUAUCUAUCUAUCUAUCUAUCUAUCUAUCUAUCUAUCAGCAAAAAGAUUGAAAGAGACACAGAAAAUCAUAUCAGAGUGAGACUUACAGGAAAAUGUAAUAAUAAUAAUAAUAAUAAUAUCUAUCUAUCUAUCUAUCUAUCUAUCUAUCUAUCUAUCUAUCAGCAAAAAGGAAAAUGUAAUAAUAAUAAUAAUAAUAAUAUCUAUCUAUCUAUCUAUCUAUCUAUCUAUCUAUGUAAGCUGAGUUUAGUCUGA